UGCCAUUUCCAGUUCCUAUGGGCAUCUGAUAGAGCUAACAGGCUACGGGCUUUGCCCCAGGCCAGAAACACCUUGCCAGCCUCAUUUUGGCAUCACUGGGUGUCUUUCCAACCCUCUGCUGAUGGCUGUCCUCCUACCUUUUUUGCAGGCUCUGCCUACUAUGACAACGUCCGCCCCUUGGCCUACCCUGAUUCGGAUGCUGUGCUCAUCUGCUUUGACAUCAGUCGCCCAGAGACCCUGGACAGUGUGCUCAAGAAGUGGCAAGGGGAGACCCAGGAGUUCUGCCCCAAUGCGAAGAUUGUGCUGGUCGGCUGCAAGCUGGACAUGCGGACAGAUCUGAACACCCUGCGGGAGCUCUCCAAGCAGCGCCUCAUCCCUGUCACACAUGAGCAGGGCAGCAUGUUGGCGCGGCAGAUCGGGGCAGUGGCUUACGUCGAGUGCUCCUCCAAGGUCUCAGAGAACAGCGUGCGUGAUGUUUUCCAUGUGACCACGCUGGCUUCGGUCAACAGGAUGCACAAGAACCUGAAGCGCAGCAACUCCAAGCGGGGACUGAAGCGGGUCUCUCAGAUGCCCGGCAGGACAGACUUGUUGAAUGACACAGAGAUCAGGAAAGACCGAGCCAAAAGCUGCUCCAUUAUGUGAAAAAUGGGCUGUAAAUAAUGUGUGUGUUUGUUCAUUUUGUACAGUAACUGGCCUAGACUAGGGCAUGGUGCUGGCAUCUCAAGCCAACCUGCCUCUCCAAAGCCUUUCCUUUCAUCUCUAGGUCAGAUAAAAGGCCCUCAUUGCAAACCAGGGUGCAUCUGUCACACCCCCACCAUGGAGACUUCUGGAUCAGCUGUUGCUGUGCUGAUUGCUAGGGGUAAAGGAGCCACUGGCAAAAGAAUAUUCAGGUGCUGGAAAGUAUGUGAUUUUAGGCAAAGCAAAAAAAACAAUGAGGGGCAUGAGUCUGUGUGUGCCUCUCUUCUAUACACAUAGCCCCUCCUCCAUGUGUCUGUAGCUACAGAUGUACACACUAGUGUGCAUGUGCAUAUUCUGUCAUGCACAUUGGGGAGAGAGGUUGAGGCACUCGGAAAGGAGGGUUGGGAAGUAGGUGGUACUGCCAGUGGCCGUAUGUGAUUUAGGAGGGAAAGAAAAUAUUCCAAUUACCCUUUUAGGAGGACAAGCAUCAGGUAAGUCAGCAUUGGCCCAAACUAGCAGAGCACCCACUAAAAGGUGACUGGCUUUGGCAGGGUCACCACUGAAAGGGGGGUGGAGGUGGCCUUGCUCAAAGUGCUUGGAAAGGAAGGUUCUCUGGGGUAUCUUUAACACAGUGGGACAUCAGAAUAGUCAGCCCCUGGCAGAGGACACAGAUUGCUUGUCAUAUCAAAACACAAUACUCUGUCAAUAAUGGUGAUAUAAGGGUGGGUAGGAAAGAGCAGUUUUUGGUAACUGUAUCCUGUAAAUUUUGGUUCCCUUGAACAAGCAGGUGCUAUGCAGGAGUGUCAUUGCACCGAUUACCAGGCUAGUAACCAGACUGUUCCCAGCUAGGAGCAGCUGUACCCACCAGAUGCCCAGCUUCUGAUAAGGCAAACUGCAGUAACUAUCCAAAUCCGGUUCUCCAACCAUUUCCUGCCCAGGUCAUGUUGCAUGGUGCCUGUGUGUGUCUGGCUUGAAUAAACAGAAAGCAAACUUGUGCCUAGUCUCUACUGCAACAGCAGGAAGGCUGGAGUUCCCCUCCCCACUCACCAUGCUGUAAAAGGCCUGCUACACCACUUCUCAUUGCUUCUAAUACUGCCUUUUCUAAUGCCUCUGACUACAGUCUUAACCCGGACUCUGUCAAAUAGACACUUUAAGGAAUAACCUGUUCCAUUUUCUGGGCCCAGCUGUGUCAGAAGGCUACAGGAACCUAAUAAACAACAUCAGCGCACAAUGGGCAGAGCUUGGCUUUGUUUCUUUUAUGUAAAUGUAGCAGACAUUGGUCCCUAUUCCUUUUAUUCCUGCCUGCAAAUGGAAAUAGUCACUGACUUUUUGGCUCCUACACACCUGCCUCGACUGGGACAAGGGCUUCACUCAAGUGCAGGAGGCUGGGUCAGGGACUAAAGCAGGGGCAAGCAAAGUCCAGCCCACGGGCUGGAUCAGACCCACAGUGGACUCCAUUUCCCAGCAGCACCUGUCCAUGUCGCUGCAGCCAGUUUCCAUGGAAACCCCAGUAGCAGCAGUGUCAUGACAGCACAGGACCAGGGUUUCCAGGAAGAUGGCCCCAGCAGUGCUGGCAGGGUGCACAGCUGGGUGGGAGCUGCUCCAAGGUUGGGAUCUGAGUGGAGAUCUGAACCAGAGUUGCAAGCCUGUACCGUGCUCACUGGCCCAUCCUUUCUGCUGGCAUCAGCAGCCCUGCAUUGCAGGGAAGGGAAGCAGCACAGAGAAGGGAGUAACACCCAUGCUCACACAGCAUAGCGGAGUUGGUGGCAGAGCCAGCACUCAAAGUUAAGUCUUCAAGUCCCGGUGCCUGCUUUAAGGACAGGACUAGGUUUUGAGGCUGCUGUAAGGCCAGUGAGGCUAUGGCGGAGCAACCUGCAGUAUGAAGUGGGAUCCAAGGGAGAAUGGGGCAAUAGACAGCAAAGGGUUUUUGCCCUUGUGAUUAUGCUUAUGCGUAGAGCAUAGUAGCAGCAACAUUUGUGGCUGCAAGAGCCCAUCAUAUUCAGUCUGACUUCCCUGGCACAGGCUGGUAUUAAGCAUAAUAACUACAAUUUGACUGGA